GCUUGCUAGGACCUCGGAAAGAAUGUCCGAUGAUGUGAUCAAAAGUUUGACUUUACUUACAAUUUUCUUUGAAGAAUGUUUUUUGUAUAUUUUACUUUAUUCGUACAUACAAUCAUUUAGUCGUUUAUAUAGAAUAUUAUUUUAUUUGUUUCAUGUAUUUAUAAUUGUACAAACAAUUUUCUCUCCUUUCAAUACCUUCACGCUUGCUUGUAUCAUAUUCAUAUAUAGAUUUCAUAUAUUUCGACCAAAAGAUUUCCUUUCCAAGAGAAUCGCCUAUCCUGCCCGAAAUUACGUUCAAUAUUUCACUACACACCCCAAAUGACUCCAUCUAUAGCUCUCGAUGCUACUGGCGCAUGCUCAAUCUCUCUCUCAUCCAACAAAACCUCCUCGCCCCCCGACUCCUUCCAUCAACUCGUCGCAGACCUCUCUCAAAUUCUCGGGCCAUCCUCCGGUCUCACAUCCGCGGACGUAGAUGUGCAGCAGCUUCGCUCCCUAAUGGAGUGUUACAUCUCCAACGAAGACGAGUGGCGAAAAUACGCAUUUGCAGAUUUAAGCAGAGGCUACACGAGAAAUUUGGUAGAUGAAGGGAACGGGAAGAGUAAUUUAUUAAUUCUGGUCUGGAGUCCAGGAAAAGGCUCACCCCUACACGAUCACGCAGAUGCACAUUGUCUCAUGAAAGUGCUCUCGGGAACUCUCUCGGAAACCCAAUAUACAUUCCCAUCCACCUCGACCUCCACCUCCUCCACAAUUUCCCCAUCGGCGCCCCAGGCUUUCAACACUCCCCCCACAAUAAUCAAAACUACAACCUACACCACGAACCAAGUAACCUACAUGUCCGAUGAUCUUGGCCUCCACAGAAUAUCCAAUCCCGAUCUCGAGAACGUGGCUGUGAGUUUACAUCUAUACACGCCUCCGAAUGCGGCGCGAGAGGGCUGUCAUAUUUUUGAUGAGAAAACGGGAAGGAAAAGUCAUGUUACACAGUCCAACUUCUACUCGGUGUUUGGUCAAAGGGUCGGCGGACAGGUAUAAUUUAUAUUGUAUGAUUGUUUUGAAGAUUUGGAGAUAGAUGAGAUGUAGACUUUGUUUUGUAUUUCGUCAAAUAUUUAGAGAUGAGAGGAGAUGUAGAUGCUAAUUUGAGCCGUACGGUAUCUAGAAAUUGGGAUGGAACAUACGAUACCCCAUUUGGUGUCUUUGGAUAUUGUUCUAGGUCUUUUCAGAUGUUAACCACGCAACAUGGCAAUACAAUGCCUAUCUUAGAGAAUUGGGCAUUAUGUGUCAGACGCUCCAGGUCUCUACAGACCGUUACAACGAUUCUUGGCUUGGGUUUGGUUAUGCAAUGUUAAAUUGUAUGAUCGAGCUGUCAAAAUCACACCCAUUUUGAUAUAUGGAAUAAGUCAUUUAAAUGAUAAUGGACACUCACACCUCAUUAUGGUAUUGAGGCAUGACAAGCAACUGCAAGAUAGGAACGAGGGGUAUGAAUCAUUAUUCACGUCAAAUUUUUUAUCAAUGCACUGUUUCAUGAAUUUCAUUCUUAACAUGUGUACUUUUAUUCAUG